GUCAAAUAAACGCACCAAACAUGAAUCUACACCACUACACUAUCGAUCACGCACCCAAAAUAAAUCGAAAAUUCCCCAAAUCUCCCUCACUUUCUCUUAAAUUUACCAAACCAUACCCCUCAAAUCUCUCUCUCUCUCUAAAUCUACACACAGAAACAGCCAAAGAAAUUUGAGAGAACGUUGUUGUUAUUAUUGUUAGUAAUUUGCAAAUGUUUUGAAAAAUGGCGCAGUACAGGCAUUACACAAACGGCACGUCGGAUCACGUAUCCAUCGGGAUUCGUGCGUCGUCGUCGUCUAGCUCGCAGAAGCAGCAGAAGUUGGGUCGGAUUAGAAGAUUAGGUUACCGAUCCGACAAGAAUAGUCGGGGCGGGUUAUCGUUGGUCGGUGCGGUCAUUGUGUUUUUGUGUCUUGUCCUUAUUGUUACUGUUUUAGCUUACAAUUUCCUCUCCACCGAUAAUAGGAGUAGCAAUGAAGAUGUAAAUGAUAAUCGUGUUGAGGAUGAUGAGAUAAAAAAUAAUGAUUUUCUUGCAAAUGUUACACGUACUGAUAGUAUUAAAGUUCUUGGGUUUGGGCAAGGUUCGGUGGGACAUGGAAGGGAUUCUAGGUAUUGGGAUAGGGAUGAUAGGAGAAGGGAUGAAGAUUACAAUGAGGAUGAUGUUGACAAUGACAGCAAGCUUUCCGGGGAUGAUGAAUCUAGUGAGAAGGGUCAUAAUUCAGUGAAAGUGAAGAAUGACAAGGAGGAGGCGGUAAGAGUUGAAGAUAGAAAGGGAGCUGGCUUGUAUAAUGAAGAUGGGCGCAAAGAGUUGAAGAUUUAUGAAAAAGAGUACGAAGCUUCUUUGAAGAACACAGGAAAAUUGACAAAAGAAAAUGAGAUAAAAAAUCUGUUACUUGAUGAUGAGGAUGAUGUGGAUCAGAAUGGAGCAGCUGAUAGUGAGAAUGAGUAUGAUGAUGGGAUAGAUUCUCAUGAUCGUCAUAUGGAAGAAUAUGGUGGUGAUUCUGAACCUAACAAGGAGGACCGCUCCAGUGAAACAACGGUUCAUAUCGAAGAUAAUAGAGCAUCAUCUAAUUUCCUUGAUGCUGAAACCAAGGAUCAAAAUAUUGCCAAGGACAAUCUGGAAGAUUCCAUGAGUUUGUUAGAGAAGGGUUCUUUGAAUUCUCAAAAUUUGGAUGAUGGUGACACUGAUUCUCGAAAUGUCCAUAACAUCGGUGGUCAUUCUACAAGUAAAUCCCGGUCAGAUUCAAAGAAAAAAUCAAAGCGCCGCAAAUUUUCUGGUUCCUCUUGUGGGAUGAAACUUCUAAACUCUACUACAAGGCUUGUGGAGCCUUUUGAAAGUCGGAAGUUUGCAAGAUUUUCCCUGCAGUAUACUGAAAUAGAGGAGAAGCCUGAUGGACAAGAGCAAUGGGAGCCCAGAUUUGCUGGGCAUCAGAGCUUGCAUGAACGGGAAGAAUCUUUUUUGGCACAUGAUCAAAAAAUAAACUGUGGUUUUGUCAAAGGUUCCGAAGGAUCUUCAAGUACAGGAUUUGAUUUGGCAGAAGAUGAUGCGAGUUAUAUAAGUAGAUGCCAUAUUGCCGUGAUCUCUUGCAUCUUUGGGAAUUCAGAUCGUUUAAGGUCACCAGCAGAUAAAAUGGUCACUCGUUUAUCAAGGAAAAAUGUCUGCUUUGUAAUGUUCAUGGAUGAAGUUAGUUUUCAAACACUUACUUCAGAAGGCCACAUUCCAGAUAGAGCAGGUUUUGUAGGUUUAUGGAAGAUUGUGGUGGUGAAGAAUCUACCAUAUAAUGAUAUGCGGAGAGUGGGUAAAGUGCCAAAAUUGCUUCCACACAGGCUUUUCCCUUCUGCAAGGUAUUCAAUCUGGUUGGAUAGCAAAUUACGUCUUCAAGUUGAUCCUCUUCUAGUUCUUGAGUACUUUUUGUGGAGAAAAGGUCAUGAAUAUGCCAUUUCUAAUCACUAUGAUCGCCAUUGUGUAUGGGAAGAGGUUGUUCAAAAUAAGAAACUGAACAAGUAUAAUCACACUGUCAUAGACCAGCAAUUUGCUUUUUACCAGGCCGAUGGGCUGAAAAGAUUCAAUGUCUCUGAUCCGAACAAGCUUCUUCCCAGCAAUGUACCUGAAGGGUCUUUAAUUGUGAGAGCGCACACUCCAAUGUCAAACUUAUUUUCCUGUCUCUGGUUCAAUGAGGUCCAUCGUUUCACUCCUCGUGAUCAGCUGAGUUUCGCUUUUACAUACCAGAAAUUGAGAAGAAUGAAUCCUGGCAAACCAUUUUAUCUUAACAUGUUCAAGGAUUGCGAGAGGAGGGCCAUAGCGAAGUUAUUUCGUCACAGAUCAGAUGAGAAGAGAAGUACUCUUCAUCAAGAAGCAACAGAAUGAAACACGUUGAAUUUAUCUUUCGCCAGAUGACCAUGCCUGUACAUUAAUUUUUGCUACACUCAGAUUGGGAGCCUGACGGUGGUAUGUGUCCCAUUGCCCCCCAAUAUAUUGCAGUAAAAUGGUUGGCUAUCAUGUUGUUCUGAAUAAUUGGCAAUUAAGAUGUGAGGAAAGCACAAAGCAGAAGAAAUGUUUUAUUGGCGAGAUUUUUGGGGUGAGGUAAUACUACUGCAGUCUCUCUGACUUAAAUUGAAUACAUCUCUGUGGAAAAGAAAUUUGUGAUCUAGUUUGUCUUCAUUGUAGCGAUUCAAUUCUCCAUUUAUUGCUUCAUUUCUAGGCCAGCAAUGCACCCGGUGCCUUUUGUACUAUUAAAUUCGCUAGAGCUUCACUUUACCCUUCAUUGAUUUAGAAAAAAUAUUUGAUUUUCCCUACAUUAUUGGGUAUCAAAACUGGUUAUUGUUUGUAACAAAUUUUGAUGUAUAAGGAGGCUUGUACGAUAUACACUGUUCUUUUAUAGAAAUUGCAGUUUGAAAACUCA